AUUUUUUUAAAAGGAACCGACUCGUCAUUUAAGAGUUAAGACCUUAAAAAAAAUUCUUCAAAUCCCUAAUUUUCCUUUAUUCAAUCCCUAAUAAACUAGAAUUUCAGUUCUGCAAUUUGGUAUUGAAUCACAGAUCUUUAAACAUGGCGACAGCAUCAGUUGCAUUUAAGUCUAGAGAGGAUCACAGGAAACAAAUUGAAUUAGAAGAAGCACGUAAAGCGGGUCUUGCACCUGCUGAAGUUGAUGAAGAUGGAAAGGAAAUCAAUCCCCAUAUUCCUCAGUAUAUGUCUUCUGCUCCAUGGUAUCUUAAUGCUGAGAAACCUAGUUUGAAGCAUCAAAGGAAGUGGAAAGCAGAUCCCGAGUAUACACGAGAUUGGUAUAGAAGGGGUGUUUUUCUUGAAAAGGCCGAUAAAUACAGGAAGGGUGCGUGUCAAAACUGUGGUGCCAUGACUCAUGAUGCGAAGGCGUGUAUGGAAAGACCUAGGAAAGUUGGGGCCAAGUGGACAAGUAUGCAUAUUGCUCCUGAUGAAAAUAUUGAGUCUUUUGAGCUUGAUUAUGACGGUAAGCGUGACCGCUGGAAUGGGUAUGAUACGUCGAGUUAUGCUCAUGUCGUGGACAGAUAUGAAGCGAGGGAGGAAGCUCGGAGAAAGUUUCUGAAGGAUCAACAGCUUAAGAAACUGGAGGAGAAAAAUAGCGGCCAAGUUGUUGAGGAUGCUCCUAGUGAUGAGGAUAAUGAUGAAGAUGAUUUAAGGGUUGAUGAAGCUAAGGUUGAUGAAAGCAAGCAAAUGGAUUUUGCUAAGGUAGAGAAGCGUGUGCGAACAACAGGCGGUGGCAGCACAGGAACCGUUAGAAAUCUGCGUAUUCGGGAGGACACAGCGAAAUAUCUUCUAAAUCUUGAUGUUAACUCUGCCCAUUAUGACCCUAAAACCCGGUCUAUGCGUGAAGAUCCUCUUCCAGAUGCAGAUCCAAAUGAGAAAUUCUAUGAGGGAGAUAAUCAAUAUAGGAAUAGUGGCCAAGCUUUGGAGUUCAAGCAGAUGAACCUCCAUGCUUGGGAGGCAUUUGAUAAGGGUCAAGAUAUUCACAUGCAAGCAGCUCCUUCCCAAGCUGAGUUGCUGUAUAAGAACUAUAAGGUCAUUAAGGAGAAAUUGAAGACCCAUACAAAGGAGACAAUCAUGGAGAAGUAUGGGAAUGCUGCCAGUGAAGAAGAAAUUCCGAGAGAGCUUUUGCUGGGACAAACAGAAAGACAAGUUGAAUAUGACCGAGCUGGACGGAUUAUAAAGGGACAGGAGACUGUGCUUCCCAAAAGCAAGUAUGAAGAAGACAUAUACAUUAACAACCACACAACCGUGUGGGGUUCAUGGUGGAGGGAUCAUCAAUGGGGUUAUAAGUGCUGCAAGCAGACGAUUAGGAACAGCUAUUGCACAGGUGCUGCAGGGAUUAAGGCUGCUGAGGCUGCAACCGAUCUCAUGAGGGCUAACAUUGCUCGCAAAGAAGUGAAUGAAGAGUUGCCAGAACCAGUGGAGGAGAAAAAGCUUGCUACUUGGGGAACUGAGGUUCCAGAUGGUUUGGUUUUGGAUGAUAAGAUACUUGCUGAAGCAAUUAAAAAGGAAAAAGAUAGAAAGCAUGUGGAGAAAGAUGAAAGGAAGCGGAAGUAUAAUGUUACAUGGAAUGAUGAGGUUACGGCUGAGGAUAUGGAAGCAUAUAGGAUGACAACAAUACAUCACGAUGACCCAAUGAAGGAUUUUCUCCACUAAGUUUGGCCAAGAGAUAAGGUUGAGUAUUAAAUCCUUGUAUAUCUGCUGCAAGCUCCACCAGGUUCCAUCAGUUAUGCAGUAGCGGUGUAAGUUUCCUGUUUGCAAAAUCCAGUAUUCAUACAACCUUGUAGUUUUGUUUGAAUGUAUGUGCAGACAAAUCCGUCCGGUGUUAAUAUAAUAGUGUUUGAUAUAAGCUCCAUUAAAAUGAAGGGGAUGAUUCUCUGUGCUGUAUUAACGCUUGAUCUUAAUGGGAGUUUUGCAUUGCUUCA